CUCUCUCAAAUGUUAUUUGUGCACAUUUAAUCCAAAAACGGGUUCUUGUGAUGGAACAACGAUGACAUGUCCCACUGCAGUUUCCAAAUGUGGAAGUGUAAUAACGGAUUCCAUUGUAGGUUCCACUGAUGUGUCUCUCACAACUAAGUUUUGUGCUUCUGAAUGUACACCUGGAACCAAACAGAUCCCAACUGGAGGAACAGUUUCUUUCAAGUGCUGUGACACUGAUCUCUGCAAUGGCACAGAUGGAAUCAAUAAGGGCAGUUUUUUGCUUCUUUUGUCGCCUCUGUUCUUCCACAUCCUGUUGCACUGAGUGACACAACCACAGUGAAGACAACAUACAACCACCACAACCACAGAAUAUAGAGAUAAUUUUAUGAAUAAUUUUGCAUUACUAAAUAGAGCUUGUUUGUUUCGUAUCCUCACAAUCACAAUGGAAGGAA